AAAAGAAGAUCUCCUUUUGGAAUGGAGCUGAGAGAAAGAAAAAAACAAGUACAUUAUGAUGAAAAUCAGGAUCCAGAUUUCUCGGAUUCCUCUGAUUAUCUAGAGCCCAAAAGGCUACCUUUAAACUUAAUAACUGACUUUUCUACAAUCUUUGAUUCAGAUGAAAUUGAGGAUGAACCAGCUUUGGAACAGAAGUUAUCCGAUUCACCUGAAGAAACAACAAAUAGGUCGAAUAAUGAAUUAGAUGCGUACGUUAAUGAAACCAUCCGGGAUGGAAAUAAAUGGAUUGUGUGCGACACCGAUGUACGUGACCUCUUGAUAAAAUGGAAACAGGAGAAACCGCGACCACGUACUGAUCUGGCGUUUUAUGAUAUUAUCGACAUCACUCUGGGUUCAAAUAGUGAUUUUGUUCAAUCACUACCAAUUGAUGCAGUGCAAGAUAUGAAACAGUCAAAAAUGUUUCCCACACCGAAUAUGGAUAAUGUGGAUGAAAUGAAAAACUAUAUUAUUGAUUUUAUUAAG